UGAUAGUACUGGCAGCGAAAGUAAGGGCAGUGAUAGUAGGGGCAGCGAUAGUAGGGGCAGCCAUAGUAGAGGCAGAAUAAUGAAGUCGCUGUGACUUUAAGAAGCCGGCGCUGCUGUGAAUGCUCAGCCCCCAGUGCUCACAAUCAGCAGGAGGUGCGCUUUGAUGUGCUUGUGCCUUCCCUUCCCUCACACGGUCACAGGCACCGCGCUCAGUGCAUCGCUCUCUGGCCGGCUCCUGCCAUUCCAUCACUUUCACUCGCCCUGCCACUCAGCCACUCAGCCCCCCAGCACAACUUCCCCAGCCCCCCGUACGGACACCCACAGAACUUUUUCAAUGCUCUGGCUGUGAGCUCCGCGAUUCCACAGCCGUUCCCUUUGCACUGCCACCCUCAGCGCUAGCCCUCUCCCUCCCUGUAGCCCCGGCAGGGGUAACUCACAGAAAUGCCCCAAAUGAACAGCGCCGGCGAAGAUGACUUGGGGGCCAGCGAUGAAAUGAUUUCCUUCAAGGACGAAGGGGACCAGGAAGAAAAGAUACGGGAAAGCGCCUUUACCGAGAGGGAUCUGGCAGAUCUGAAGUCAUCGCUCGUAAACGAGUCCGAAGUCAGCUCGCAUCCCCGUGUCCCGGAGAGUCAUCCCGAGGCGAUGAGGCGCACACAGGAUGCCCAGCUAGUGUAUCAGGACAAACUCACAGAUCACAUGGAAGAUGGUGUUAAGCACCAAGACGAAGGUAUGUACAAAGGAUCUGGAUAUCCCAGCUACCCAUUCCUUAUGUUAUCGGAUCCCUACCUUUCCAACGGAUCUGUGUCAGCACUGUCCAGCAAAGUUCCUGUGGUACAACCAUCACACGGAGUUCAUCCUCUCAUUCCCUAUAAUAACGAGUCCUUCAGCCAUGGCUCCCAUUCUACACACCUUCCCGCCGAUCUGAAUCAGAAGCAAGGUGUGCAUAGACCUGCCCAAACAGCUGAUAUCCCCACCUUCUACCCUUUGCCUUCUGGAGGAGUUGGACAGAUAUCCCCUUCAGUGGGGUGGCAAAGCCAGCCUGUCUAUCCUAUCCCUUCUUGUGGGUUUAGACAGCCAUACUCAGCGACAUUGUCCUCUGGCCCUUCCUAUUCCAGGUUUCCUCAUCCUCUGAUGCUGAGCCCCAGCAUGCACACGACCGGGAUUCCUCACCCAGCAAUAAUACCGCAUUCAGGAAAUAAAGACAUAGACUGCUAUGAAAGAAAUAUGAAACCACAUUCUGAGCCAAAGAGAGAAAGAGAGCCCAAGAAACCUACUAUUAAGAAACCAUUAAAUGCCUUUAUGCUGUACAUGAAAGAAAUGAGAGCAAAAGUGAUUGCAGAAUGCACGCUAAAAGAGAGUGCAGCCAUUAAUCAGAUCCUAGGGAGAAGGUGGCAUGCAUUGUCCAGAGAAGAACAAUCAAAAUACUAUGAACUGGCCAGAAAAGAGAGGCAGCUACACAUGCAGUUAUACCCAGGCUGGUCUGCAAGAGAUAACUAUGGAAAAAGAAAGAGAAGAACCAGAGAAAAACACCAGGAUUCUAGUUCAGAAAUGGAGAAUCACUAUGAUAUAGGCAUACAAGGCCAAAUGGUUGGGUGAGCAGCAGGGACAACUGACACCUGGGCCCACUGAGCAUAUUCCCGAUACACUGGUGGGCCAGUCCAACACUGACUGUAAGUGCUUAGGGAAAUUAUACCAUUGCCCAUUGUCAUGAACGAUAUAUUGACUGCAUUCCUUUCAUACAUUAAUAUUUUCUUAGUUUCUUCACAUAUUGAAGAAGGGUUGCUGCCUUCCCCAUGGGAUAUCUUUCUGUUACAGUAGCAUCUCAGAUUUGGCCUGCAGGGAAAUGGAUAUAAUGUUCAUUCAUAUUAGUAAAAUAGUUCUGGGAAAUGACAAGCAUCUAGAAACCCGUGUAGAAUGUAUUGCCUAAAGGCUAUUACACUUUGUACUAUACUCAAAGCAAAGCCAUUAUUUAGGGCCUCAUUAACAAUGACAAGGCCCCAGUUCACUUUACAAACCUUACAUGUAUAUGACAGAACAGAUCUUGUAUCAUAAGGCAUAAAACAAGUAAUGAAGGGGGGUGUAAAUGAUUAAAUUACAGUGGAUAUAAAAGUCUACACAUUCCUGCAAAAUGGCAGGUUCCUGUCACAACCUUUUUUUGCAAAAUUGCCAUCUAUAUAAAAGCUGAAAACAAAUCAGAAACAUUGUAGUUAAGAAGGAAAAGCAAAAAUCAUGCAAAAAACCUGCUUGCAUUACUGCGUGCACCCUUGAAAAAUGAACAAUGUGGCUGCAUUUAGAAUGAACUAAUCACAUUAAGUCUCAUCUCAUAUAGUAGUUAGUAUACAUCUGACAUCAAUUAAAGUGGCUCUGAUUUAGCUCAGAUAAGCUUGCCUGUUACUGUAGGAUUAUUCUGCUUGUUCUCAUACUCCAAAACCCAUGUUCCACAAAGAACUUUCAAAACAUGAAAGGGAUCUUUUCACUGAAAGGUGUAAAUCUGGACAGGGGUACAAGUAUUCAAAUCACUAAACCUUCCGAGGAACAUGGUGAAGGCAUCAACAAGUGGAGAAAAUAUGGGUCAACAGUGACUACCAGGAUGUCUCUCCAAGACUGAUGAAAAGACAAGGAGAAAACUGGUCAGGGAGGCCCCCAAGAGGCAUACAGCGACAUUAAAGAUGCUGCAGGAUUUCUUGGCAAGUACGGUUUGUUCUCUACAUGUCAUAACAAUCAGUCGUAUUCUUCAUAUGUCUGGGUUGUGGGGUACAACCCCUUCCACAAACACAUGAAAAAUAUACUAUAGUCUGGUAAGACCAAGGUCGAACUAUUUGGCCAGAAUUCCAAAAGGUAUGUUGGCACAGAAAUAACACCGCACAUCACUAGAACACCACUCCCAGAGUAAUGCAUGGUGGGGGCAGCAUCAUGCUUUGGGGCUGCUUUUCAUCAGCUGGAACUGGUACUUUAGUCAAGGUUUGUCACAAAACCUUCAAGCAUCUGCUAGGAAGCUGAAGAUGAAGAGGAACUUCGUGACCCAAAGCAAUACAUCUAACUCAACAAACAGUGCCUUUACCAAAGGAGGAUCAAUGUUCUGGAAUGGCCCAGCCAGAGCCCAGACCUUAAUCCAGUUGAAAAUCUGCAAGGGGACCUGGAGAGAGCUGUUCACAGGAGAGAUACCCUCGCAAUUUGACAGAUCUGAACAUUUUUUGCAAGGAGGAGUGGCCAAAAAUUGCCAAGUUCAGAAGUGAUUUUUGUAUGAUUUCUGUUUUCUUUAAACUGUUUCAGAUAGAUUGCAAUUUUGCAGUAAAGGUGGAAUAAGUUGUUUUUUUUUUAUUAAACAAAAAUCUGCCGUUUUGCAGGGAUGUGUAUAGUUUUUAUAUCCAGUAUAUUUUUAUACAUAAAGAUUUGAAUGUAGGCGCAGAGUAAAUGUAAUUUAUAAGGAGUAGCAGAAUGUUAUAAUGCAAUGCAUUCAUUUUUGUGCAAUGUACAAAACUCGUAAGACUGCUUCUCUGUAACCACACAUAUAUUUUGAAUGGUUUCACUCAUUUUAUUUCAAGAUGUUGUGGUUUUUGGAAUCUUACCAUAAGCUUUGCUGACGCCUUAACAAAACUUAGAGAAAAUGAUAGAUGUGGCCAGACAUCAUUAUGGGUGUG